CAAGAUAAAACAAGUUAAAAAAAAGAGAGAUUCCAUUUCCCAAUCUAUUGUUUUCUUUUUUUCACCAAUUCCUUUCAAUGCCUGCAUGCAAGGUUAUAUUUACACUUCUCUCUCUUAUCUCUUCUGUUCCCAAGCCCAUACAGCCUCUUGCAGGCAACCCCUGCACUCUUUUUAAUAAUUAUACACAUUCAGACACCCCACCCUCUUCACAUUUUCCAACUCUUUUUUACACAAGAACAUUAACUUCCAAACUCCCCCCUUACCUUUGUUCUGCCCAGUUCAAAGCCUGUUAAAUUGGACUCUUUUUUCCUUAUUUCCUCUGCUCAACCCACACUCUUUUCUUUUCUAUAAAGAUAACUCAUCUCUCUAGUGUUUUCUGAUACAACAAAUCAUGGAGCAUGAAGAUAGGGAAGGUGUAUCAUCAUCAUCAUCCUCACCACCAUCAUCAAAACUUCUCUCAAAGAAUAUUUCAGAAGAAAAAUCCUUUCCAUGUUUGUUCUGUUCUAGGAAGUUCCAUAGCUCACAAGCUCUAGGAGGUCAUCAGAAUGCCCACAAGAAAGAGAGGACUGCUGCUAGGAAAGCCAAAAGAGCUUCUGAACAUGCUGCAAUGAGUAACUGUUUUUCUCACUUCCCACCACCACAACUACCACCUACUCUUUCUCCUCUUGUUUUUGCUCCAAAUCAUCUCUUUAACCCUUCACUUUACUUCAAUCCUCAUUCCUCCAAUUUCCCAGACCAGCAAUUCUCUAAUGGAUAUGGGCCUAAUCUUGUCAUCUAUAAGGGAGGACAUUUGGGUAGUUUCCAUGGACAGCAGUUUGUUGAUGAUCAUGAAGAUAUGCAGAAUUUUGGCAAUUGGCAGAGGCAGAGAGCUUCUCAGCAUGUUGCUAGAAUGGAAGAAAACGAUGAUUCACACAAUCUUGAUCUUUCUCUUCACUUAUGAGAGAAAGAAUCAUCAUGAAUUGGACUUUAGCUUGUUCACUUUCACAAUUUUGCAAUACCCACAAAUAAAUUCAAUUUUGUUCCUUAAAAGUUUAGCAAACUUCUUUCUUUAUGUGAAAGAGAAGAUCGAGAAGAGAGAGAUAUAUAUACAGGGACAUGUUAUCAUAUGGUUUUAGAAUCCAUGAAGAGAGCUUCUUGAAUGUU